GGGAGUGCACAUCUAAGCCAGCAUGGCGUGAAAGUUCAGCAGUUGUUUGAAGAUCAUAAACACCACCACCACCAUCACGACAAACGCGAACCUGUUCAAAAUGGCGUCCGGGCUGACGAUCAAUCACAACUGCCGGCGGUUAGACCCGCUCGAGUGCGGGCAGUGCUGGAAGUAAAACUUCGGUUGCCAGAAGAGGCCUUGCCUUGAGUCCUGAAUCGGCGAUGAAACAGUACAUGCACAAGUUGUCCGCGUUUGAACACCACGAGAUCUUUAACUACCCUAGCGUCUUUUUUGUGGGUCAGAAUGCCAAGAAGAGACAAGGCGUCGUAGGCGGUGCCGGUAACAGCGGGUACGAUGAUGAAAAUGGUUCCUACAUCCACGUGCCACACGACCACAUUUCAUAUCGCUAUGAGGUUCUAAAGGUGAUAGGAAAAGGCAGUUUUGGGCAAGUGGUAAAAGCUUAUGAUCAUAAAGAUUCAGUGCACGUUGCCCUGAAAAUGGUGAGAAACGAAAAGCGUUUCCACAGGCAAGCUCAGGAAGAAAUAAGAAUAUUAGAACACUUGAAAAAGCAAGAUAAAGACAAUACAAUGAACAUUGUGCACAUGCUGGAGCAUUUCACCUUUAGAAAUCAUAUUUGCAUAACAUUUGAACUUCUCAGUAUGAACCUCUAUGAACUUAUAAAAAAGAACAAAUUCCAAGGAUUCAGUUUACAACUUGUGCGAAAGUUUGCUCAUUCAAUUUUACAGUGUCUUGAUGCUCUCUAUAAGAAUCGAAUUAUCCAUUGUGAUCUCAAACCCGAAAACAUACUCUUAAAGCAGCAGGGCCGUAGUGGCAUUAAGGUAAUUGAUUUUGGGUCGAGCUGCUAUGAGCACCAGCGAAUCUACACAUACAUCCAGUCUCGCUUCUACCGUGCACCGGAGGUCAUUCUCGGAGCUAAGUAUGGCAUGCCCAUUGACAUGUGGAGUUUAGGAUGUAUUCUUGCUGAACUUCUUACAGGUUAUCCACUCUUCCCAGGUGAAGAUGAAGGUGACCAGCUUGCAUGCAUCAUAGAACUUCUAGGCAUGCCCCCUCAGAAGCUGCUGGAGAACAGUAAGCGAGCUCGUAACUUUAUUAGUUCCAAGGGCUACCCCAGAUACUGCACUGUCACUACCUUACCUGACGGAUCCACAGCUCUGAAUGGUGGUAGGUCUCGUCGUGGGAAACCAAGGGGUCCACCAAACAGCAAAGAAAUGGGUGUGGCAUUGAAGGGAUGUGAUGAUUCCAUGUUCCUUGAUUUCAUGAAGCGGUCACUUGAAUGGGAUCCUGCCACACGUAUGACUCCAAUUCAGGCUCUUCGACAUCCAUGGCUUCGUCGACGAUUGCCAAAGCCACCAGGUCAAGUGGAUACCCGAAGUGACUCUGCAACUCGUCGCAAUUCAUCAGGUGCUCGCAGCUCUGGUAUGCCAAAGCUAACCAAUGGCAAUGUUACUACAGCCAGUGGGAAGACAAGGCAGCUGGUUCUUCAAGAAGAUAUGCAGCAACUCAACACACGUACAAAGUUGCCACAAAUUGGUUCCACCAUGUGAACGGUAACUUCUACAGCCAUUUCUGCUGGCAUUAGUACCUGCAAGGACAGAAAUUUUUGGACACUUGUUCCAAUAAUAAAACCGUCCAUCAGAGUAUUUGUGUGAUACUGUAUUGCUGGCCUGACUUGUCAGGGCUUAGCACUGCAGGCCAGUGCAUAAAAAUCUCCUGAAUACAAAAUGGAUGAUAGUCAUUGAUCACUCUGAACACCCAGUCACUUGCAGUAGCUGCAGUUGUGCACCAUAUGUCAGCAUUUGAAAUAUCAUCAUUCCAUUUACUCAGUAAUCUAAAUCUGGUUGACUUUAUCAGUAUUUGAACAGACAUUUGUUUUCGUGUGAAAACUCACUAUUUGCAACAUCAGAAAAGGGUCACGUGUGUAAUUAUGUAAGUGCAAAUGUUUGUUGUGAGAAUUAUAAUUGGUCACUUUGUGUGCAUUUAAUAUAUUUGAGUGAAAAUCAACAGUGUAUCAAUCUGAUGGAGUACCUCUCUGGUGAACAGAUUUGCAAAAAUUAACAAUGUACAUAACACUUUUAUCUUGACUACAUGUGGUUUGGCUCCAAGAAAUAUUGUCAGUGCAGUUAUCAAGCAAAUGUGGAGUAAUCACAGACAUCUCUGUCAGUGCGGUUGUCAAGCAAGUUUGGAGUAACCACAGGCACUGUGUAUAGUUGAAGAUGAAAUGAAUGUGGUGCCAGUCAAGUGUAAAACUUUAACACAACAAUCAAUGUGGUACUGAUUAUCAACCAAACAUUUCUCUGUGUACUUGUUACCAGCAAAGAGCCUCAAGAAUAAAUAUCCAAGUCUGUGAUGAUUUUUUUUCCUCUUCAGUACACUGACUUGUGCAGAGAGGUAACACUUGCCCAGGGUCCAGAAUAGUGUGUUUUACUAGUGUGCAGAUGAAUGUUGGUGUUUAUAAUUUAUAUUCAACAACAUGCUUGUUCGCCCAUUACUUUUUUUUUAGCAGGGACAACCAUGAUUUUAUUUUAUCAAAGAAUGACUGUAUAAUUAUACCUAUUUUAACCAAAAGUAUAAUACUGCUUUGCAAAUCUCAUAAUUGUAUUGGAACUUUUAAGCUGCAGAGGGUAAUCUUUUCUGUUUAUAGUGAACAUGAGUUUAUAGACUGAGUCAAGAAAGAAAUAUCCUAUUUUCACUAGGUUGAAGGUGAGAGAGGACACGUGUUGGUAAAAGUGUCACUUUUCAGCCAGAAACCUAUAGACCACAUGGUCAUUUUGGUGAAACUCAAACCUUUCCAACAGUGUUAAUUGUGAUAAAUGGUAGCUUUUAUUGAUAAUAAUACCUUUAAAAUAGUUCAAACUCCUUAUUUAAAGAAAGUGGUAUAGAUAUUUUCAGAUCACUUAUAGAAAUUUAUAAGCUUUGUGCCAAAUUUUUCUCAUUAUGCAUGCAGUUGCUUGUCGUCAAGGAAAGCAUUCCUACUCUGAAAAUUCCCAGUAUGUAUGUGUACAUUUAUGUGCAGCUGUUUAUGUAUGUACUUCCUGUAUUUGAAAGUGUGUGUGGAAUUUUGGAUUCCACAAUAUAUUUUAGCAAAAAUAAUCACAUGCAUAGCAUUAUAGUAGCCAAAACAUUUGUUUCAAAUGAGACCUUCAAGACACCUUAUUUCCAUCCUGGUAUCAAUGUCUGCAUAAAUCUAACUUGCAAACUUGUGGUAAAGAACACAGCUUUUUGUUUAGAGAUAUAAAAGAUGGUUUUAACCACGACCGAACUUUAAAGUCAGAAAAUGCUCCUCCCUGAUCCUUUGUGUGUUCUUGUUUUGCUUACAGUCUGCUGGGCGUUAUUGUGCAGAUCUUUUUUGAAACAAAGUAAUUUUUUUGAAGAAAAGAAUGCUAAGUUCUGCUUUCCAAUAUCAAUCUAUCCUAUCUAAAAAAAAUUCUCUGCACCUUUUUUAAGUUUGAAGUUCUGUAAAUUUGAUUGGCUUGUUGUGUUUGAAAUUUUAUUUUUGGGUUUGAAGUUAUUCAUCAUUAAAUUUGCCCCACCCUCCUCCCCAGGUUUCAUUUAUGAAUGUAAAGACAGUUGAUGUAUAUAUGUUUACCUCAGCAUAUUACAUACAGUUUGUCGCUUGCUACAGUUUGCCAUGUGUAUAUUACAACACUUGUGUGUCCAUCAUGAACCUUGAUUCCAGUAAUAAUUUGAAUAAUUACAAAACAUAUCAUAACCCUUCACUCUAAUUUAAUGCAGCAUUUUUUUAUAAACAAAGGAAACAUAAACACUUUCCUUUGAUGAUUUUCCAGGAUUAGAAAUAAGGUUUCAAUUUAUUUUAUCCCCUCUCCCUUUCACAAGGUGAUUUUGAUGUUGCACUAUUCACUGGCAUUCCUAUUGUGAUAAAUCUCACGUUUGUGCAGAACCAGCAAACUGUCAUUUUAAAACAUUUUUUGGCAGGCCCUAAUUGUUGCUGUCCUGUGAAAUAGGUCACUGCACUUGCAAUAAUGUAUUGCUGAUUUAUAUGAAUGGGGAGAAGCCAGCAGAGCUGCCUUUUGCAAUCUGGCUCCAUGUCAGAUGGCUUAAUAGGUUUUGUCUGUACAUGUGUACAUCAUUUAAGGCUGAAAUAGUAUAUUUUUCAGCUGAAGAAGUACUUACAUCUUAAGUUAGUUUUAUCAAGGUGGACGGCUAUUUAACAGUUUUUUUGUGAAAGGAUUGAGUUAAUCAUUAAUGAUGCAAUGAACAGUCAUAUAGUGUGUUAAAAUCACUGUAAGGAAGAAAUAGACUGAGGGAAAUUACUGAGAGUCUCAGCUGGACUACUACUUUUUCCCCUACAAAUAAUUUUGUAAGACAGCAUAUGUUAUAAUCAUAUUAUUUGCACUUUGCUGCUCUUUAGUAAAACAGUUUUUAAUUCAUUUAAGAUUGGACUAAGGAGAAUUAUACAAUUUAAUGUUUAAAAAGUUAAGUGUCAAAUUGUUUUAAAGAAAACCUAUUCACCAAGUAUGGGAUAUUGCACAUGUUAUACAUUACAGGUUGAAGGUGGUAGCAUUUGCAGUCAUGCCACAGUUUGUAAAUGUUAGGUAAAGAUAGGGCUAGUGGUAAACCACUGUAGUAGGUAUGUAUAUUUUUGUUGGUGGCAGAAUUGCCAACAUAGUUUUUAACUUUAUUAGCAAAUCUUGCACCAUAUAAAGCUGGUUUUUUUUUUUAAAACUUAACCUGAGUGCUUUAACACACCAACAGUUCUUUAAAAAUUCUUUCAACCAUGAUUUUGUUUCCUCCACCUUGAUCUGACUAACUAGCAACACUUGUAGACUCUAGGUCAUAAAAGUACUCAAAAGUAUAAUAGAAAGCUUUAAUUGUACAUUCUAUUAAGGCUUUCUAAAUACAGUGUGAAAGUUGAGCAUGUAUUUUUUUUUGUUAAAGAUGAAGCCUUCCUACUCACACACCACCACCUUAUAUUAGAAGGAUUGAAAGGGUUAUUUUUGUGAAACCAAGGAAGUGUAUGCUGAAUAGCAGAAUAAACAUUCUUAAAAUCUUUAA